UCAGUUUUUCGUCAGCUCAUGCACAAAUCCGCCAACACAACACAAGCCCAUACACGUCGUUUUGAGCACAUACCCGACGCCAUGAGCGAAGCGCCGGUGGCGGAGGCGGCGCCACAGGAAGGAGCAGACGAAGGCUCAGCGCCGGCAGACCGCGGCAAGAGCACGAGCACGAGCCCGGCCCCAGCGUCGCCAUCCACGGUGAAGGAACGGCAGAUCCCCGUGGACCCCGCGUCGCUGCGCCGCCUGGGCAUGGUGGCCGACGGGGACUCGCCGGUUUCCGCGCCCUCCGUGCUCACGGAGGUGGUGGUGCAGUCCCCGAUCCUCCCGCCUCUCCGCCGGCCCACGUUCGUCGGCGCCAGCCUGCCGUGCUCGGCGGCCUCCUCCCCGGUGCACGGCGGCGCUCGUCCAGGUGCUGGUGGCGCCAAGUGGGAGGAGCAGCCUACUGCCACCACCCACAGCCCGACCUCCGUGCUACGCUCCCUCGCCCGCCAGCACUCGGCCGCGCUCGCCCGGCUCGUCGCCGCGCCCGCGCCGUCCACGCUGUCGAGGUCCGCGCCCCGCGCCGAGGGCAGGAGUACCAUGGCGACGCACGACGACGAGGAGCGGGAGCCGGUCCAGCAGCACAAGACGUUCGCCGAGGAGGACGGCGGCUUCACGUGCGGCGCGCUGUGCAUGCUCUUCCCGGGCUUCUCCAAGAGGAAGCCCGCCACCGCCGCCGCCUUCGCCGGCACCACCACCGCGGCCGUGUCGUCGAGCAUGCAGAGGCAGCAGUCGGGCUUCAGGCCCCGCCGCAGCAGCGCGUCGCGGGUGGCGUCGCUGGAGAGGUUCGAGUGCGGGUCGUGGAGCCCUCCUCCGCCGUUGCCGCCGCCACCGCCGCCCGUGGACGACGCCGUCGACUGCCACGCGACGGAGGUGGCCAAGAUUAGCUGCGCGGACGGCGAUGCGGAGGCGCCGGUCAAGAUGGCGUUCGUGUUCGACGGGGAGGCGCCCGCGGCGACGAGGGGGAUACUGAAGAACUCGGCGUCGUCGCGGCUCAUCGUCGACUCGGCCAGGCCGUCGACGUCGUCGCAGAGGCACGUGAGGUUCUCGACGGCGGCGGUGGCGGCCGAUGCGGCGUCGUCGUCGUGCCCAUCGUCGCCGUGCAUCACGCCGCGUCUGGCGAUCGCCAGGGCGGAGUUCCACGCGUUCUUGGAGGCGCAGAGCGCGUAGCUGUUGCCGUAUCGUGCGCACUGAUAUUCUCCAGUGUAGCAGCGUUGGCUCUUGGCCCUGCUAGGGCCUUUCUUUUGGAAAAAAAAAUUGGGUAGGCUAUGAGUCUAUCUCACCACUGGUGCACCCCCUAUGCUUGAUGGUGGACGCGUGGCUGAGAAACAAAUCAGACGCUCACAAGAACAUGGCUCCUCGCGAAGCAUCUCUCGGCUCCUCGUGUUCGGGUACCGGUCAGCAGGGACAGCGCCUGAGUCCACGACGCACGCCGAGUGCCUGGCCGCACCACGUCGCCACCAACACGCGCUUCCGCAGCACCACGUCAAAGCCGCCCAGCUGCCGCUGCCCGUUGCCGUCGCACAGACCGGCAAUCUCCUCGGAGAUUGCCCUGUAGCCCGACGUUCUGGCCAUGGAGCCGCUGGCCUAGUAGUACGCGUGGAGGUUGCUGUCGUCGUCCUGCGUCAUCGCCGGAUGAACAAGCCGCAAGCCGGUGAGGUUGUGGACGAACGUGCCGAACGAGAGCACUCGACCCCUCUGUCCGCCGCCGUCGCCCACGAAGAACGCGCGAGCAUCGAGGUGGCCGUAGACUGGCGCUCCGUGGCAUUCUCCAGCUGCGCCAUCAGUGCUGUGUGCCAUCAGUACGUCGGUGUCGUGCGGCCACCGUAGAACUCUAGGUGCAACGUCAUGUACGUCUUCCCGAGUCACAGCAUGAACCGGCGGUUCGCAAUGAGCAGCGGCGAGGAUCCGGUGAAGUUCUCACCAUGCGCCUUUAGCUGGAUGCCUGGAUAUGUUGGCUGUUGCGCCGCCACACAUAUCGGCCACGACAAGGCACUCAGGAGCCAAGCCGAGCCACUGACCAAUAUGCUAACACGAAUGCGAAGGAGCGUCGGGAGGAGCCAAGUUCCCUUGAGCGUCUGAUUUGUUUCUCAGCCACGUGUCCACCAUCGAGUGCAGGGGUAUACCAGAGGUGGGAUGGACCCAUCGUCCAUCCAAUUUUUUCCUUUCUUUUUUCUGCCUAAUCACAACAUAGUAGGAUCUGAAGUUAUGUAUGCAAAGUCGAUGACUGGUUAGCAGUGGCAUUGGUGUUUGAUUUGUUUGUCUUUGAGCCAUCGAGAUGUUUUUGUUAAAAAAUGUGACCAAAUAAUGUGCUACCAGACACCUUUUUUUUUA